CGGAAAUGAAAGGAAAUUCUUAAACCCUAAACCCUAGCUGAGACGCGGAAGUGGGCAGGCAGUCGAUUACUGUAGGUUUGUUUCCAUGAAAGCAUGUUGAAGCUGAAAACUCUUGUGAUGCACGAAAACAAGUAGAGGAACGCUUGUUUUUGCUGUUUGACGUGUUCUGAAGACGCUUGUGAAUUGGUAGUUGAACGUGUUAGGAUUCGAAUGGCGUUUGACCCAAGUUUUCGGAUUGAAUUUGAGCUCGAGAGGUUUCUCUCUCGGUGUCCAAAGCUUGCCCCUGUUUCUCGAUUGAAUUCGCUUUUGAAAGAGGUACACUCAUUGACAGAAGAAGAAGUGGUCAAUGCAGCAGCGGAGCUCUUUUUGCUCCCAAAUUAUACAAUUCCGUUAGUGGGAUGUUUUCGUUCUAUUGCUCAGAAGAUUGUGGAGAGGGUCGUGGCUUUGCUUCGUUUGGUACCUGACUUAAGGGCCAAUUCUGAUGUAUCCAUGGAUGAAUUUGAAGAAGAAAGGAUUCUCAGAGAAACUGACAAUAUGGAUGACGCGAUUGGUAUUAUCGAUUUUUAUGUCAACAGUGGAAGGGCCUUAAAGCUUCACGAGCUUGCCUGUCUUGCUUUAUCCCGUGCACUGGAUUUGGCACCGUUUAUAAUGGGGUCUGUUCUAAACUAUUUUAAAUUUGCUCCUCCACCUUUUGAACGGAUCAAGCUAACAGAAUCUGGCUCGGAGUUAUCAAAAAUGGUUCAAACUCAUUACCUGCUAAAUGUUGUCCGAGCAUCAUACCGCCUCCUUUUAGCAUGCCCUGAAGUUUUUUCCUCACUUUGGGACUGGUCCUGUUUUCUGGACCUUGUACAGCACUAUGUAGAUCUUGAUCCAGGUGAUAAUAUGGAGUUGCUAAAGAAUGUUUCAGACUUGAGAUGGUGUGGGAUACAGAUUCUAUCAGUAAUUCUCAAAUUAAAUGAUGGAACAACUGGCAACUUUGGUCUCACUGCAGAAGAAUCUUUCACAUGUUCAUUGAGAUGGCAGGAAUAUUGUCAAGAUGUAUCAUUAGAGAAGGCUGGCUGGCAUCUUGACUCACGUGAUGAUGAAAAUCUUGAUUCUGCUAAUGGAAAUAUAGACUUCAGUCAAGAAUUUAAUUUCUGGACUUCACAUGCUUACUCCUCAUCUGUUUCUUCUUCAAAAUUUCAUGAAAGUGAGCUGUCAAAGAGGAGUAGAAGGCUGGUACCCUGUCUCAGGACAUCUACUCGAAGCCCUUUUGUGCUGACAUCUGCCAUGAAGAAAAGUUUUGAGAUGGUUUGUAUGGCAGUAAGCCAAAAAUGGCCUGUUCUUCUCUAUGGUUCUGCUGGUGCUGGGAAAACAAAGCUAAUUCGUGAGUUAGCUUGGGAUAGUGGAAAUCAAGUUCUUUCCAUUCACAUGGAUGAACAAAUGGAUGGGAAAACAUUGGUUGGAAGUUAUGUCUGUACAGAGCAACCUGGUGAAUUUAGAUGGCAGCCUGGUUCUCUUACGCAGGCUGUUAGGAAUGGAUUUUGGGUUGUCUUUGAAGACAUUGAUAAAGCACCAUCUGAUGUACAAUCCAUCUUAUUGCCUUUACUGGAAGGUGCAACUACAUUUUUAACUGGUCAUGGAGAGGCGAUAAGGGUGGCUGAAGGCUUCCAACUUUUUGCCACAAUAUCAAGUUCAAAGCUUCAGAUAUCUCGUACUACAGAAGGUCGGAGCUCUCUUAGUGCUCUUUGGAGGAGAGUGAUGAUACGACCCCCGAGUGAUGAGGACUUGAUGAGCAUAGUGAAAGCAUGGUAUCCAAAUUUGGAGCCUCUUUCUGAAAAACUCAUUGAGACAUAUGGAAGAGUUAAUCAGCUUGCAAGAUUUCAGUUUGGAAAUUCUGCUUCUUCCAAUUCUCUCUGCAGAUUCUCCUUAAGGGAUCUUAUAAAAUGGUGCAAGAGGAUUGCUGCUUUGGGUUUUAGCUUUGAGGGGAAUCAUCUGUCAGAUUAUACUUGUCAUUGCAUUUAUCAAGAGGCUGUGGAUAUUUUUGCAUCUUCCACAACUUCAGUAGAUAAUCGGCUGGCAAUCAAGAAAGACAUUGCUAAGAUGUGGGCAGUGACAGUCUCAGCUGCAGAGACAUUAUAUCCUGUUAACAAACCUGUUAUCCAGGAGUUGCACUCUGAUUUAAGUAUUGGACGAGUUACCCUCCAACGGAUUCAACGACAUCUGCAUAGUGAGAGAAAACCCUUUGUUGAAAUUCGUAGUUCAGUACAUGUUCUUGAGAAGAUAGCUAGCUCUGUCAAGCUCAAUGAACCUAUCCUUUUGGUUGGGGAAACUGGUACUGGAAAGACUACUCUUGUGCAGAGUCUGGCAUUGAGACUUGGUUAUAAACUUACUGUUUUGAACCUAAGCCAGCAAAGUGACAUUGCUGAUUUAUUGGGAGGAUUUAAACCUGUGAAUGCACAAUUUGUAUGUAUUCCUCUGUACAAGGAGUUCGAGAAUCUUUUUACUAAAUCCUUUUCUUUAAAGGAUAAUGAGGAUUUUCUAGUUCGUUUGAAGAAAUUUAUAAAUGAUAAGAACUGGAAGAUGUUAUUGAGUGGAUUCAAAAAGGGUGUUAAAAAGAUAAUUGAAAUAGGAAAAUCUGGCACUGGUACAAAACGAAAGAGGCCUUUGGGUGAAAAGUUACUGAAUGCUUGGGAGGGUUUUUCUUUGAAGCUUGAAACAGCUCAUGCACAAAUGAAUAGCUCAGGUGGAAUGAUGUUUUCAUUUGUAGAGGGAGCUUUUAUAACUGCUCUAAGAAAUGGUGAGUGGAUUUUGCUUGAUGAGGUGAACUUGGCUCCCCCAGAGACCUUACAGAGAGUUAUUGGUGUUCUAGAAGAGGAGAACGGAUCACUUUGUUUAGCUGAAAGAGGAGAUGUUGAUUAUGUCUAUAGACAUCCUGACUUCCGCAUAUUUGCCUGCAUGAAUCCUGCCACUGAUGCUGGAAAGAGAGAUUUGCCCUACUCUUUGAGGAGUAGAUUUACAGAAUACUUUGUUGAUGAUAUAUUAGAUGAUGAAGACUUAAUUCUGUUUAUUGAUCGGUUUAUGGGUGAUGACUGUUCAAAAGUUGAACUAGUGAAGAAAGUUGUCCGGUUCUAUAAAGCUGCUAAGAUGGAAUCUGAAGAUAGGCUGCAGGAUGGGGCCAAUCAGAAGCCACAAUAUAGUUUAAGGUCUCUUUACAGAGCACUAGAAUAUGCAAAUAAGGCAAGGCGAAAAUUUGGAUUCCAAAAAGCCCUUUAUGAUGGAUUUUGUAUGUUUUUCCAGACUUCAUUGGAUGAACCUAGUGCCAAGUUGAUGAAUCAAAUGAUCAAAUCACAUUUGUUGGGAGGAAGUACCCCGCUGCAUGCCCCUUUCGAUAGUUAUUUAGUGACUUGUGGAAAUUCAAGGCCAGAUAAUUUCCUGGAGAACUAUGUGCUGACUAAGAGUGUUAAGGAGCACCUUAGGAACUUGGCAUGUGCUAUUUUUGUUGGAAGAUAUCCUGUUCUUUUACAGGGUCCUACAUCCAGUGGCAAAACGAGCCUUGUCCAGUACCUUGCUUCCAUAACCGGUCAUGAAUUUGUACGGAUAAAUAAUCAUGAACAUACAGAUCUCCAGGAAUAUCUUGGUUCUUACAUCACUGAUGCUACUGGCCGGCUUGCAUUCCAUGAAGGUGUGUUGGUUAAGGCUGUAAGGAAUGGGCAUUGGAUAGUUCUGGAUGAGCUUAACUUGGCUCCAUCUGAUGUGCUUGAAGCAUUAAACCGGCUUCUAGAUGACAAUAGGGAAUUAUAUAUACCUGAAUUAUGUGAAACUGUUCGUGCUCAUCCAGACUUUAUGCUGUUUGCUACCCAAAAUCCACCUACUCUUUAUGGUGGGCGCAAAAUGCUUUCUCGAGCAUUUCGCAACCGUUUUGUGGAGAUCCUUGUAGAUGAAAUUCCAGAAGUAGAGCUAACCACAAUAUUGGAGAAGAGGUGCAAAAUUCCUGAAAGCUAUGCGAAAAAAAUGGUUGAGGUUAUGAAGGAGUUGCAGUUGCACAGGCAGAGUAGUAAAGUUUUUGCUGGGAAACAUGGAUUUAUAACCCCUCGUGAUUUGUUUCGUUGGGCUGAUCGUUUCAGGACAUUUGGGAAUUCCUAUGAAGAUCUAGCUAGAGAUGGUUACUUUUUAUUGGCAGAGAGGCUGAGAGAUGAGAGUGAGAAAAUUGUUGUUCGGGAGGUUUUGGAGAAGCAGCUCCGUGUUAAACUGGCCAUAGAUGAUUUAUACAAUCAGGAACCAGCAGGAAGGGAUGCGGUUUUGAAGUUAUGCAAGUACCCGGGUGUUUUGCAGAAUCUUGGCAAAAUUGUUUGGACAGAAAGUAUGUGGAGAUUGUAUUUUCUCAUUGAACGAUGUUACAAGAUGCGUGAGCCUGUCCUUCUUGUUGGUGAAACUGGCGGUGGGAAGACAACUGUUUGUCAGUUACUCAGCGUGGUGUUGGGUUCAGGAUUGCACAUUUUAAAUUGCCAUCAGUAUACAGAGACAUCUGAUUUUCUUGGGGGGUUUUAUCCUGUACGAGAGAGAUCAAGAGUAGCUUUGGACUUCAAAAAUCUAUGUGAACAAAUAAUGCUAUCGAAGGCUUUUGUCUGCUUUCCUGGUGUUGAUACAAUUUCUACAGAUAUUGGUCAAGCUUCCUCUAUCAUUGAUCAGCUGGCUGUAAUUGUAAAUAGUUACAAGCAAGGUCUUGUCUCACAUUCUGAUGUUACUCUCCAAGAUCUUGACUUGAUCGAAAAACUGAAUCUAGACCUAGCUCAGCUGCACCAAAAGUGGCAGACCAUUUUUAUUUGGCAAGACGGACCACUUGUGCAGGCGAUGAGGAAAGGUGAUCUCUUUCUUGUGGAUGAAAUUUCCUUGGCAGAUGACAGUGUACUUGAAAGAUUGAACAGCGUGUUGGAGCCAGAAAGGAAACUGGCUUUGGCUGAGAAAGGAGGUUCUGAUCUUGAGAUAAUAACUGCUCAUUCAAACUUCUUUCUUCUCGCAACAAUGAAUCCUGGUGGUGAUUAUGGUAAGAAGGAACUUUCUCCGGCCCUUCGCAAUCGGUUUACUGAGAUAUGGGUUCCUCCUGUCAAUGACCUAAAGGAGCUCAGAACUAUAGCUCUGAAUAGAAUUUUGUAUCCGAAUCUACUUUACAUUGUAGAUCCUAUGCUAAAUUUCUUGGAGUGGUUCGAUCAAUUACAGACUGGAAGAGCACUUACAGUAAGAGAUCUUUUGUCUUGGAUAGCUUUUAUUAAUGCAACCAAGGAAAGUUUACAACCUGAGGAUGCACUCUUACAUGGGGCUUUCCUUGUCUUGCUUGAUGGACUAAGUUUAGGUACAGGUAUUUCAAUGAGUGAAGCUAAAGAAUUGAGGGAGAGAUGCAUGUUCUUUCUUUUGGAGCAAGUAAAGAUGACAUCUAGUGUGGUUAAUUCAAACCUAGCCCCAAUCAAAAACUAUGGUUGGGGUGGGCUUGACACUUUUGGUGAUGCUUCAUAUAACAAUAAUAUGCAUGGUGAUGGUCUCUUUGGAAUCCAUCCUUUCUACAUUCCAAAAGGUGAUGAUCCUUGUGAGGUUGAGCAAUUUGAAUUUUUGGCACCAACCACUCGUAGGAAUGUCUUGCGGGUCUUGCGGGCUAUGCAGCUUCCAAAGCCAGUUUUGUUGGAGGGAAGUCCAGGUGUUGGAAAAACAAGUCUAAUUGUGGCCCUUGGCAAAUUUUCUGGUCACUCAGUUGUACGGAUAAAUUUAUCUGAGCAGACUGAUAUAAUGGAUUUAUUGGGGUCAGACUUACCUGUGGAGAGUGAUGAAGGACUGCAGUUUGCAUGGUCUGAUGGAAUCCUUCUUCAGGCUCUGAAGAAGGGAUUUUGGGUCCUUCUUGAUGAACUUAACCUUGCUCCUCAAUCUGUUCUAGAGGGUUUAAAUGCGAUCUUGGAUCACCGAGCUGAAGUUUUUAUCCCCGAAUUGGGCGUUACUUUUAGGUGCCCAUCAUCUUUCAGAGUUUUUGCAUGUCAAAAUCCUUCUUACCAGGGUGGAGGCCGUAAAGGGCUUCCAAAGUCCUUCCUUAAUCGUUUUACAAAGGUUUAUGUGGAUGAGUUAGUGGAGGAUGACUAUCUUUUUAUCUGUAGCUCUAUCUAUCCCUCAAUUCCAAGGACCUUGCUCUCCAAGCUGAUUUUAUUUAAUAAGCGAUUGUAUGAAGAAACUAUGUUAUAUCAUAAAUUUGCCCAAGAUGGUUCUCCCUGGGAGUUUAAUCUCCGUGAUGUGUUUCGUUCUUGCCAGAUUAUACAAGAUGCACCUGAGAGAUCCCAAACCUGUUGCUUCCUCAAUGUUAUAUAUGUUCAAAGAAUGCGCACAGCAGCUGAUCGGAGAAAAGUUGUCAACAUCUAUGAAGAGGUCUUUGGACUUGAGCCAUUUUUUAAUCCAUAUCCACGUGUUCAGCUCAAUUCACAAUAUUUGGUUGUUGGUAACACUUAUGUCAAAAGGAAUUCUCUUCAGUCGUCUAAAACAUAUGUCAGUGAACUUAAGAUUUUGCCUGGGAUACGUCAAAGCUUGGAAGCUGCUGCACUGUGUGUACAUCAUCGAUGGUUGUGCAUAGUGGUUGGUCCUCCAUCAUCUGGUAAGACUUCAUUGAUAAGGUUACUUGCCCAGCUCACUGGAAAUGUAUUAAAUGAACUAAAUCUUUCAUCUGCAUCUGAUAUAUCCGAGCUACUUGGAUGCUUUGAGCAAUAUAAUGCCUUCCGCCAUUAUGAACUGGCCAUCACUCAAGUCCAGUCCUAUGUAAAUGAGUACUGCUGCCUGCUGCUGGAUUCUGCGGGAAAGGAAUUUGUAAGAGACAGAAAAGAUUUAUUGACCCGAUGGCUUGCCUUCUCAUCUAACAUUGGUUGCAGUCCUACAGAUAUUCAUUCAAAUACUGGUAACUGGAAGACAAAGGCCUUCGGUUCUGUUCCAUUGUUAGUUGAUAUCAUUGAAUGUCUGAAGUUGGAUCUUAAGCAACACAAGGUGCCUGUAUCCUGGUCUACCAGUGAUCUGGAUAAAACUCUGAAGACAGUUUUAAAGUUGCAUGAGGAAUAUAAAAGAAGAGCAUUUUCUGCAAAAUUUGAAUGGGUAACUGGAGUAUUGAUCAAAGCUAUAGAAAAUGGUGAAUGGAUUGUUCUAGAGAAUGCAAAUCUUUGCAACCCCACAGUUCUUGACAGGAUCAAUUCCUUGGUUGAGCCACGUGGAUCAAUCACAGUUAAUGAGUGUGGAAGUGUAGAUGGCAAACCAUUGGUUCUCCAUCCCCAUCACCAAUUCCGGAUAUUUCUGACAAUUGACCCCAGUUAUGGUGAUGUUUCCAGAGCAAUGAGAAAUAGGGGUGUGGAAAUAUAUAUGAUGCAACCAUAUUGGCUGGACCAUGGAAGUGGUAAAAGUUGUGAUGGGAGUGAACUUAAAGAUGCGAAGAGAUUCCUCCAGCUCUCAGGAAUCCCAUUAGGCACAGUGGUUGAUUUGAUGGCAAAAGCCCAUUUAUAUGCCAGGGUUGAAGGUUUGUGCCUGGAUGUCAACAUUACAUUUCUUGAGCUUUCACGGUGGGUUCAUUUAUUCCAGAAGCUUCUCACAAGGGGUAAUCAGCCUCUCUGGAGCCUUCAAUUUAGUUGGGAGCAUACAUAUCUUUCGUCCUUGGGGGAAGUUGAAGGAAAAGCUAUCGUUGAGCAUGCCAAAGUUGCUUAUCUAACAAGGGCAGAACUUAAUAAGUUUGAGUCAUCCCCAGGAUAUUCAUUGUGUCAGCCAGGAGGGUGGCCAGCUCCAUUGAGUUUAAGAGAUUAUAUAGGGCACUCAAAAGAAGCUUUAGUCAAACAAAAUUGCAUGUAUCUAGAGUUUUUGGGGUCUCAAAAAGCAUCUUAUACAUUUCAUUCUGCUUGGGAUCGGAGCCCAGUUGAACAAGCUCUUUAUGCAACCAGAUCUGCAGGGCCUUACUUGAUGGAUAUGAAGAUGUUGCAUGUAAUGAUGUUACCUAACUCGGUGCAUGAGAUUACUGCUCGUUAUGGUGGGCAAACAGAAUUUGACUUGAUGCUUGCUGAGAAAAAACUCUUGUUUGCUGCCAACUGGACCAUUGAACAGGCCACUGCAAAUGAUAUAGAGCUAUAUCUUAUCUGGUUUAAUUGGUUUGCUUCUCAGUUGCAUCCAUUUUGCAUUUUCUUUAGCUCAUUUCUGAGAUUACUUAGAGAAGAACUAAAGCAUCCAAUAUGGAAUUGUAUUGUACAUUGCCAGCAUGAGCUUCUGUCCCAGCUCAAACUGGAUUUAAACUCCCAGCCAAUACCAAUGCUUUCCAUGGAGUUAGUUGACCUUUACCCCCCAAAUGACAUGUCAAAGUCUUGCUGUGAGCAACUCUGUAAAGCAAUUAACUGUGUAGGCCUACUAAGGGCUAGUUUUCAGCAGUGGCAAACUGAGAGUGAGUAUGAAUACAGUGACAGAGAUCAGUGCUUUAUACCAUUUCUGAGAUAUCUGAGAAAGGUGGAGGAGAAAGUGCUUGAUGUACUUGUUGAGUCUUCUUCUUUUGAUUUGCUUUUUCAAUUAUACACGGAACUUCUUGAAGAUCACUUAUCAUUUUGGAAUGGCAUCAACUUGUCCCAGUUUGAGAUGAUACUGAUUCCUUGGCGUUCUUUGAUGAAGAAUGCCACAAAAUUGAAGAUAUUCUGUCCAGAAGAAAUUGAAAUUUUACAGAUGGAGGCAGAGAAUUUGAGUAGAGGUUCAUCUUGGCAUCUCCAUUCACAAAAGUCAUUGUUAUGGGUUCAUGGAGGUCACCCAUUUUUGCCGCCUUCUGCUGACUUAUGUCAGAAGCAGCAUCAGCUUUUAAGCCUAUGUGGAUUGAUUUGGCCAAGAAACAAAGAAUCAUGGAGGCAAGCGGUGAAUGAUCAUCUCAUUGAGGCUGCUGUAUCUUCUAAUGCUGAACUCCGUUCUCUUGCAAUGCAAGGUGUGAGCAUGACAUCGUACAUUUUGGACAAAGUUCAUGAUGACAAGCUCCAUGUUGUUCAGCAGUUGGAUGAGAUGUAUAAGAUGCUUUCAGAAAGAUUUGAGUAUGAAAAGCAGAAGUUGGAAGCUGUAAUAAGGAAUACCAAGCAUGCAGUUUCAUCUAUUAACUUCACUUCCUGUUGUGUUUUUUCUCCUGAUAUAUUGCAUAGAAGAUCUGCUUUUGAUAGUUGGCAGGGCAUUCUUCCCAUAAUUGAUAACAGAAGUUUCUUGCUGGACUUGGAGUUGCUUCAAGAGCUAUUGCCCAUUGUUUUGGCUGAUAUGGAAGGAUCACAGCUUGCAACCUGCAGUCUGUCUGAUCUUCUGGAAUCAACUUUGAGCUUUUCGUUGAAUUUGUCAUCUAGACCUCCAACUGACUUUUUACCACAUCAAAAGAUUUUAUGGACUCUGGACGCAUGGAAAUCAAUCAAAGCUGGAAAUGCAAAGCUUGCUUCUUUUGUCCUUGAGAUGUGGUUUAGUUGGCAUUCAUCUUUGUGGGUGACUCAGGCUGUUCUGCUCAAGAAUUUCUUCAGGGAUGAUGAUGAGAAGAUCCCACUACCUGAUAUGCUUUUCCAUCCUGUGAGACUGGCAACUGUUGACCAGAUUCUGAAAAAUGAAUGUGCUAUAAAGGACUAUCCAGUGCAGUGCUUGAAACUCAGGGUUGCUUCUUGUAGUAUUUGGCAGACUUGUUCAUCAUCAACAAAUGUGCAAUGUUCUCUUUUGUCCAUGGCUCGGUUUCUUUUCCAACAGAUUAUAUACGCCCAUAGAAAAUCAUUUGAAUCUGACAAGUACAUUGCAAUCAAGUCUAUCCUUUGUUCCUUUCAGAAUAAUAUGAUGAUGCAUGAUAACAUAAAGGAGCUACUUUCUCUUCUUGCAUCAUCAAGCCAUCAUGGUCUGGCUUCCUUGGUGAAUUCAUUCAUCAAGCCGGUGAUUAGUGAACUGUAUCUUCCAUCCUCUUCUACAGACCUGGUAUAUAAUCUGGGCUGUGCGUGGUUACGAGUUGGGGGCUUACGCUAUCAUCUCUUGAUUACUUGUGAUGACCUAGAUCCUGCCCUGAAGUACUCUUUGAAGUACUCAAAUCUGGUCCAAAAGAUUGCUUUGCUUGAACUUGAAAAUGAUGUAAGGAAAGAGAGUAACUAUUUGGCAGGAAAGGUUUCACAGGGAGAGGCUGAGAAACAAAGAAUGAGGUCUUUAGAAAACCUCAAAGAUGAAUGUAAAAGGAUUAAAAGAAAGAUUGUGUAUCGCUCUGAUCCUGGGAAAUUCAAGAAGUUAAAACAUGAAUGUGAUGAGUUUCUGAAACUGGUUGGAAUUUCAGUCAGUAUGAUCAAAGAUUUUUUUAGAAUGACCACAAGAGAGAUUAGCGAGCGAGUGCGUAACUGGCAGGAAACAGCAUCCCGGUUUAUUCAUCAAUUAUCAAGUGAAUAUUCUACAUAUGUUGAUAUAGUUCAUCCAGUUCAAGUUGCAGUAUAUGAAAUGAAACUAGGUUUGUCGCUGGUUCUGUCAAGUGCAUUGCAAAACAAUUAUCUGCAUAGAGUUGGACAGGAUGAUGUGGAAAGAGUACUGGAAAUGGUUUACUCAUUUAUGAGAUUUCCUAGAGGCUUUACAUCUGAAGCUGUUUCUGUUAAUGUCAAAUGUUGGAUGGCCAACUUUCCUUCUUGCGAUAUAGAUUUUCCCAUGAAAAUAAGGACACUGGAUAUGAAUCUGCUGGAGGAUUUGCUUACUUCUUCCACAAGAGAUUCCAGCUCUGAGAAUAUGGUAUCUUCCCUGCAACUUAAAGUGUCCAUACAUCACAACAUUCUUCUCCGUAUGGCCCAUUCUGUCACUGAUGCCCGAUUGAUGGAUAACGCAUCUUUUACUCUCAUGGAUAAGAUAUUUGACGAAUUUGCAAAUCUUUGGAUGAAUAUGAAACUUAAAGUAAAAGACAAGGAAGACCAAGAAGGUCAACAAUACAAGUUCAAGCCUCGUGCAUUUGAGAUACAGAACAUCAUGGAAAUUGAUAUAUCAACUCUAGGUGGUUCAUUAGCAAAUGAGACUCUUUCUGAAUGGCAGGAAUUGCUUUCCGAAGAAGAUGUCCCUAAAAAGAAAGCUAAAGAAGAAGAUGUUUGCCCGGAGGAUGGAUGGAACUUCAUGGAAGAAGACUCCCUACCUAAUGAUAUGGUGCACAUUCACAAUCAACUAUUUGGGUCAAUGGAUCUUGUUCAAACUCCUGGAAUAAUGCACAUCUCAGAAGCAGAAAGGUUAUCAUCCUUCAAUCACUCUUAUACACUGGGUGUAAGAAUGAUUAAAGGUUUAGAGGGGUUUCUGUCCUCCAGUUUGGAUGCUAAACUUGGACCAGAGCACAUGUUCCGUGUUUGUUUGGAGCAUGAGCAAAAAUUCAAGUCAUCUGCCAAAUCAGCUCGUGCAUAUAAUUUUUACAAGGACUCAAAUGCUCCAAUGAUGGCCAAGAUGAUGGAGCCUGUUACUACUCUUCAACAGAAAAUUGCAUAUCUUUCAAUUGAAUGGGAUGAUCAUCCUGCUCUUCAAAAAAUAUUGGAUGUGAUUGAAAUGAUUUUAGCUAUUCCCCUAAGCACCCCACUUGCUAAGGCUCUUUCGAGUUUGCAAUUCCUGCUCAAUAGGAUCCAAGUAUUGCAGGAAAUGGUUUCCAAAUUCCCCCUCUCUGAUGAGCUGGAGCCUAUUUUUAACAUUGUAUCCUCUUGGAAAAAAUUGGAGUUUGAGUGUUGGCCUGCAUUGCUUGAUGAAGUUCAAGGCCAAUUUGAGAUUAAUGCAGGGAAGCUGUGGUUUCCUUUAUAUUCAGUACUUCAUCAUAGGCAUUCUACUGAUAUAUCUGAAUAUAACAGAUCUAGCAUCCAAAGCUUGGAGGAUUUAAUUCAGACAUCCAAUGUUGGUGAGUUCAGAAAACGUCUUCAACUUAUUUUUGCUUUCCAUGGCCAAAUCAUGGCUGGAAUUUCUCGGGGUAUUUACUUGAGUCCUUGCCAUAUGGAAAAUGCGAAGAUUUUAUAUAAUAUUUUUGGCUUCUACGUGCAACAUUUGCCGACAAUCUUGAAUCAUUUAGAGAAUACAAGAAAAAGUAUCGGGAUGGAGCUGAAAGAGCUUUUAAAGCUAUGUCGGUGGGACCGUCUUGAGACUUGCGCUUCCAUAGAAAACUCUAGAAGGACAAGGCAGAAAUUUAGGAAGCUCAUACAAAAAUACACUGAACUAUUGCAACAACCAAUAGUGCUUAUUAUCCAUCAAGAAACACUGCAAAGAGGGAUAAAAUCACAAUCUGUAUCACAAGGUCCAAAACUUCUUAGUGAUUCUUUUGACAGGAGUAGAGAGAUGCUGAAUCUUGCUUGUGAUCAGGCUCUGAGCGAAGAUAAAGACAGCUCUGCAUGGUCUAUGGAUUGGAGGAAGAAAGUAGAUAAUGCUUUGCAAAACUUGUACCUUGAUAAGACAACUGAAAGUGAAUUUCCGUAUUUCACUUAUGAAGAUGCUGAAGUUUUCAAAAGUAUUGUCAGCAAGUCUUUAGCUUCGAAGACUACCUGUAUUUCAUACCAGGAAGAAAGCAAGCAGGUGUGGCAUACACUUGAGAAUAUUUGUAGAACUGCAAUUGAUUGUACUUAUCUGUGGAAGGAUGAAAGUAAGAGCAUUGGGAAGAGAAGGGCUUUCUCUGACCUUCUUAAACUGUUAGAGAGUUGGGGAUUGUCUAAGCACAGGUCUACAAGUUUUGAGGAACAAUUCGAAUCAAACCAAUCAAAUUGGUGGCUUCUUCGGCCUUCAUAUGACAGGAACCAUUUACUGCUGACUGCUGAAAGUUUGGAUGGAGAGUGGAAAAUAGUAAAUCAAUACUACUUUAAGAGUAUGGCAUCGUUUCACCUUCUGCAGCAGAUUUGCCUGAAUUUCCAUAAAGACUUUACUCUUGAACAGGUGAAGAGAUCAAGUUCUUUUCUUGGCCAUCUUAUUGUCAUACAACAAGAGCAACGGGAAGCUGCUUAUGGUUUUGCUGGGCGCCUGAGUUGCUUAAGGAAUUGUGCUUCGCUUUUCGAACAUUUAAUUUCCAGUCCUCUUGCCUUUGAUAGUAACAAAAUUAGUGAGUGCUGUUUUGCUCUGGACCAACAUUUCAUAUUUAAUUGCAUGUGGCAACAAAAGCAACUAUUUGAUAGUUUGUGUUCCAUGUUGCAUGAAGAAUGUUUACUGCUCAAAACAGUUGAAGUUAAUCAUUUGGAUGUUUGUCAGAGUGUCAAAGCUGCAGCCAAUAGGGUUCGGAUUUUCAUCGAAAAAUUUAUUCCUGAUUUUCAGAAGUCUAAGGAUUUGUUGGAUUCAUACCUUGUUGGCCAUGAUAGAGUUGUUGCAACCUCUGCGUCAGCAUCUUUACAUCCUAUUGUUGUCUCAAAACAAAUGGAACAGCUAGUAUCUCAAAACUUUCAGAUGAUGAAGGAAUUUGAGGUGCAUCUGCAGGCUUUCCGCUGUCAGGAUGAGGAUAAAAGAUCUGUUAAAGAAAUUCUGCUCAGUCAUUUUGACGAUAUAUUUAAGAAGGUUAAAUUAGUAGCUGAAGAUUACGAAAGUUCCAUUCGAGGGAGAAAUGAAUCAAGAGUUGAAGAUGAAGGCACCAGCUGUCACAGAGAAGAAAAUACUGAACUUGAAGCUGGGUUUGGUGUAGCACUCAAGGAAACAUAUAAGCAUAUUGUGACUGCAUUUGAUAGAAUAGGGUCCUGGAAUAAUGGUGAUGUUAUUGCUGUAGAGUCACUGGGGAAUAUUACUACAUGGAAAACCCUAUUUGAAUCGCACGUAGCAAAUCUGCAGUUGGACGUGAUAUGUGAUGCAGUAGUCAAGGCAAUAAAUUAUGCAGGAAGAUUGGCGCGCCACCAUGGUGAGGGAAAUCAUCAUCUCUGUCUUCUAGUUGGAGUGCACUUAAAGUAUCUCCAUUCAUUGUUGGUUUCAUUAUUGAACUUUGGAGAUUGUCUUCUACGUGAUUUUCUAGCUAUUCAUAAAAUGGUGUCUGUCAUAACUCAUGCACUUGCCGACAUUUUUGCUUCGUUGUAUUGCAAAGGGUUUGGGAUUACUAAUGAAGAUCAAUUGGACAAUUCUAGCAAUAACAAAACUCAAGAUGCAAAAGGAACAGGUAUGGGAGAGGGUGCAGGACUGAAUGAUGUUAGUGAUCAGAUAAAUGAUGAAGACCAGCUCCUGGAGGCUUCUGAAAAGCUGAAUGAAGAAAAACUGGACUCGGGUGAAGUUCCUGGUAAAAAUGACAAAGGUAUAGAGAUGGAACAGGAUUUUGCUGCUGAUACAUUCAGUGUAAGUGAAGAAUCUGGAGAUGAUGAUGGCGAAGAUGAUCAGGAUGAGCAACUGGAGUCUGCAAUGGGGGAAACUGGUCCCAACAGUGAAGUCAUUGACGAGAGACUUCAGGACAAGGAUGAUAAAGAAAAUCCCAACAACAUUAAAGAGAAAUAUGAGACUGGACCAGCAGUCAAUGACUCAGAUUCUAGUGGAAGGGAGCUUAGAGCAAAGGAAGAUUCUGAUUCUGGUGCUCCCGCUGAUGAAGAUAUAGAGCUUAAUGCUAGAGAAUCUGACAAACAAGACAAUAGGGAUGAAAAUCAAGAUGGUCUUGACAGCCUAGAGAAUAUGGAAAACGUGAACAUGGACAGAGAAGAAGCUUUUGCAGAGCCCACAGGGCUAGAUGUUGAUGAGCCUAAUGAAGAAUCUGUGGAAGAUAUUAAUGUGGAUGGACAGGAGGGUGCAGAUACCAUGGAAGAUGCUGAUCCUGAAGAGCUUGAUGAGUCUGCUGAAAAUAAGAAUGGUGAGGAAGAUAAAACAAAUUCAGUGGAUGAAAGUAUGGAAGAGGCAGAAGCUGAACAAGUGGAUGGAAACCCUGGUAGGGAUGAUGCAGGGAAUACUCACAAAGAGGAACCAGAGAUGGACUUGUCAGUACCAAAAAAGGAUCUGUUUGAACACUCUACUUCUGACAUAACCAUUGGCCAAGGACCAAAUGCUGAAUCUGCAAUGCAGCCAAAGGGCGAGUGGCAUGCAUCAGAUUUAAGAGAUGUUGCACCAGAAGCAGUUGAGGCAAAUUUGUCUAAUGCCAGUGGAAUUCAGGAUGACCUUGUUCCUAUGAGAGGUUUACCUAGAGCCUCUGAUAUUGAAGUGGCAAUCCCUGAGUCAUCUAUGAGUGAGAGAAUAAGUGCUGAUGGACCUCAAAGUCAGUUUCCCCAACAUGAUUAUUCAUCACUUCAGAAAAUCCGACCAAAUCCUUGUCGUAAUGUUGGUGAUGCACUUGAUGAAUGGAAAGAAAGAGUCAGAGUAACCGGUGAUCUUCAGGACAAUAACAUAGAGGAGGAUCCAGACAACCUUGCAGAUGAGAAUGCAGAUGAGUAUGGAUAUACCUCUGAACGUGACAAGGGAACAGCUCAGGCAUUGGGUCCUGCAACUCAUGAACAAAUGGACAAGAACAUUAAUGGUACAAAGCCUGAUGGAGAUAGUAAAACUGUUGAUAGAGAAGAACUUACUGAGAUGGAUGUGGAAAAGCAAGAUUCUGCAAUACGCCCUACUAGGAACUUUGCCUCAAAUCUUAAGAAAAAGAUUGAAAAGCAGGCGGAGAUCCAAUAUACGGAGGAGUCACCACAGGACUUCCUUGACGAUCACAGCCGUAAUGGGAGUGAUCAGACCAUGUCAGAGAGUAUGGUGUCUUUGAAGAGAUCCUACAUGACAGAUGACAUCCACCAACUUGCUGAACUUUCCUUACAUGACAAGGAGUUGGGGAAAGGGCACAAUCUUGAGGAAAUGUCCACUGAUGUAAAGGAUAAUGCUACUGCUGUGUGGAGAAGAUAUGAACUGCGUACAACCAGGUUGUCGCAAGAGUUGGCUGAACAGUUGCGGUUGGUCAUGGAGCCCACUCUAGCUAGCAAGCUCCAAGGGGAUUACAAGACUGGCAAAAGAAUAAACAUGAAGAAGGUGAUCCCAUACAUUGCAAGUCAUUAUCGGAAAGAUAAGAUAUGGUUGAGGAGAACCCGACCAAACAAACGUGAUUACCAAGUUGUUAUUGUUGUUGAUGAUUCCCGCAGCAUGUCAGAGAGUCAUUGUGGAGAUGUUGCUAUUGAAGCUUUGGUGACAGUGUGCCGUGCAAUGUCUCAAUUGGAAGUUGGGAACUUGGCUGUUGCAAGCUUUGGGAAAAAGGGAAACAUUAGGUUGCUCCAUGAGUUUGAUAGGCCAUUCACUGCUGAGGCCGGGGUCAAGAUGAUCUCAAGCUUCACAUUUAAGCAAGAAAACACAAUUGCUGAUGAGCCUAUGGUUGAUCUGUUGAAGUAUGUGAACAAUAUGCUGGAUGCUGCAGUUGCAAAUGCACGACUUCCAUCCGGGCAGAAUCCACUGCAGCAGCUUGUUUUGAUCAUAGCUGAUGGCCGAUUCCAUGAAAAGGAAAAUUUGAAGCGAUGUGUUAGGGAUGUUUUGAGUAGGAAACGGAUGGUGGCGUUUCUGCUUCUGGAUAGCCCACAAGAGUCCAUAAUUGACCUCAUGGAAGCAUCAUUUCAGGGUGGAAACAUAAAAUUUUCGAAAUACCUAGACUCUUUCCCAUUCCCAUUCUAUGUUGUGCUAAGGCACAUUGAAGCCCUUCCCAGAACCCUUGCUGAUUUGUUGAGACAAUGGUUUGAGCUGAUGCAGAAUAACAGAGACUAAAUUGAUUGGAUUACAAAGCUCAAAUGCCCGUCCCAGUCUUUCGUGCAGUAUACACACACACAUACUAUACAUGCAACAUUAGAUGUGGAGACCUCGCUCAUCCGGAAGUGGAACAGGACAAUGCAGGGUUCCCACUAAUAGAAUAUACAUGUAAGUAGUCAUUCAAAGUGAAAACACACAAAGCAUGGCCUCAUGUGUUGUGCUUCUUCAAACAGUGGUUGAGGGUGUAGAGAUAGGGGAGAGGCAAAGGGUGUUGGUCUUGUGUAGCUCUCUGCUUCUGGCCAUGUCUGAGGAUACUGUGUACAUACUGCAGUUUCAGCAAUGCUGAAUGGCUUUAUGCCACAAUUAAAUUGCAUCUUUGGGAGUAUA